UCCUCGGCCGCCCCGGGUUUGUUGAUGUCCGCCUCUGCCUGGCUCUGUUUUCCUCUCACUCCUCCGCGCGCCGUCUCUUCCUCCCGACAGAGGUCCUCAUCUACAUCCGGGGUCACGCCUUUCUUUUACUCCCUUCCUGUUCUGGGUGUGUGAGAGUGUUUUGUUUGUUGCUUCUUUGAGGGAAGAAGAUGAAGCAGGUGUGGAGCUGAAGGAAGAGGUAUUUCCGGCAAACGCUGAGUGACGGGUUGGUUAUGUUGAUCAAGAAUGUGCUCUUCAUCGGCUUUAUGAGUCUCAGAAAUAAAAAUGUUGAAUAUAAUUGUAGAUUUAGCUCUCUGUUGUAAAAGUUCAAACAGUACGGUGUCCCAGAGUUGAAAAACAGUUCAUGUCGGCAAUGUUUUUGGAUUAUGUCAAGAGACCUACAUCUUUGUAUGGUACGUCAUGUGAAUACCACAGAACUUCUGAAAAAGUAACCAUCAUGUGAAUUAGAGGACUGUGUGGGAUCUGCCUGAUCCAAAAGGACAAGAAAUUGCAGGAGUGGGGCAAUGUACGUCCAACAGAUGUGUUCACCCUACAGAGAAAAAGAUUUUCCUGCAGGAGUCUACAAACUUAGUAUUUUGAUAUCUCUUAAGAGAACCUAUCUGCAAAAUGCCUCCAAGGCCAUCAUCUGGGGAACUAUGGGGCAUCCACUUAAUGCCACCAAGAAUCCUAGUGGAAUGUCUUCUACCAAAUGGUAUGAUCGUGACUUUAGAAUGCCUCCGUGAGGCCACUUUGUUAAAUAUUAAACAUGAACUCUUUAAAGAAGCUAGAAAAUACCCCCUCUAUCAACUCCUUCAAGAUGAGUCUUCUUACAUUUUUGUAAGUGUUACACAAGAAGCAGAAAGAGAAGAAUUUUUUGAUGAAACACGGCGACUAUGUGACUUACGGCUCUUCCAGCCCUUUCUAAAAGUUAUAGAGCCAGUAGGCAACAGGGAAGAGAAGAUUCUUAAUCGUGAGAUCGGUUUUGCUAUUGGCAUGCCUGUCUGUGAAUUUGACCUGGUGAAAGAUCCAGAAGUUCAAGACUUCAGAAGAAACAUUCUUAAUGUUUGUAAAGAAGCAGUAGAUUUGCGGGAUGUUAAUGCACCCCAUAGUAGAGCAUUGUACGUCUGUCCCCCGAACAUAGAAUCUUCGCCUGAGUUGCCCAAGCACAUAUACAGUAAACUUGAUAAAGGGCAAAUAAUAGUGGUGAUAUGGGUUAUUGUCUCCCCUAACAAUGACAAGCAGAAGUACACCUUAAAAAUAAAUCACGACUAUGUACCAGAACAAGUAAUUGCUGAAGCAAUCAGGAAAAAAACACGAAGCAUGUUGCUGUCGUCAGAACAGCUAAAGCUCUGUGUGUUGGAGUACCAGGGGAAGUAUAUUUUAAAAGUAUGUGGUUGUGAUGAAUAUUUGCUAGAAAAACACCCCCUGAGUCAGUAUAAGUAUAUUCGGAGCUGCAUCAUGCUUGGUCGAAUGCCCAACUUGAUGCUGAUGGCUAAGGAAAGUCUUUAUACCCAACUGCCAUUGGAUACCUUCACAAUGCCAUCUUAUUCUCGACGUAUCUCUACAGCUACACCAUACAUGAAUGGAGAAUCUUCUGCAAAAUCUCUCUGGGCUAUUAACAGUAAUCUUAGAAUCAAGAUUCUCUGUGCCACUUAUGUAAAUGUAAAUAUUCGGGACAUUGACAAGAUCUAUGUCCGGACUGGAAUAUAUCAUGGUGGAGAACCAUUGUGUGAUAAUGUGAAUACGCAGAGAGUACCUUGCUCCAAUCCCAGAUGGAAUGAAUGGCUGCAAUAUGAAAUGCAAGUUCUUGAUCUCCCACGUGCUGCUCGGCUUUGCCUUUCUAUCUGCUCUGUCAAAGGCAGAAAGGGAGCAAAGGAGGAGCACUGCCCAUUGGCGUGGGGGAAUAUUAACAUGUUUGAUUACACAGACACGCUUGUUUCUGGCAAAAUGGCUCUGAAUCUGUGGCCUGUACCUCAUGGGUUGGAAGACCUGCUCAAUCCCAUUGGAGUCACUGGAUCAAAUCCAAAUAAGGAAACUCCCUGUUUGGAGUUAGAAUUUGAUUGGUUUAGCAGUCCUGUAAAGUUUCCUGACAUGUCAGUAAUUGAAGACCAUGCCAAUUGGACUAUCUCUCGAGAGCUAGGAUUUAACUACAGUCAUGCUGGACUGAGUAAUAGACUAGCUAGAGACAAUGAAUUAAGAGAGAGCGAUAAAGAGCAACUCCAUGCAAUCUGCACUCGAGACCCUCUGUCUGAAAUAACUGAACAAGAAAAGGACUUUCUUUGGAGCCACAGGCACUAUUGUGUCAAUAUGCCAGAAAUUCUUCCUAAGCUGCUUUUGUCUGUUAAAUGGAACUCAAGAGAUGAAGUAGCCCAGAUGUACUGCUUGAUAAAAGACUGGCCUCCCAUCAAGCCUGAACUAGCAAUGGAGCUUUUGGAUUGUAAUUACCCAGAUCCAAUGGUGCGAUCAUUUGCAAUUCGGUGUUUGGAGAAAUACUUGACAGAUGACAAACUCUCACAGUAUUUGAUUCAGUUGGUACAGGUUCUGAAAUAUGAGCAAUACUUGGAUAAUCUGUUGGUGAGGUUUUUACUCAAGAAGGCACUGACCAAUCAGAGAAUAGGGCACUUCUUCUUUUGGCAUCUAAAGUCUGAAAUGCACAAUAAAAAUGUGAGCCAGAGGUUUGGUCUGCUUUUGGAGUCCUACUGCCGUGCAUGUGGGAUGUACCUGAAACACCUGAGCAGACAAGUGGAAGCUAUGGAAAAACUGAUUAACCUCACAGACAUCCUUAAACAAGAGAAAAAGGAUGAAACACAAAAGGUACAGAUGAAAUUCCUUGUGGAACAAAUGAAGCGGCCAGACUUCAUGGAUGCAUUGCAAGGCUUUAUAUCCCCUCUCAAUCCCGCUCAUCAGCUUGGAACUCUUAGGCUGGAGGAGUGCAGAAUUAUGUCCUCUGCUAAGAGACCAUUAUGGCUUAAUUGGGAAAACCCAGAUAUUAUGUCUGAGCUGCUGUUUCAGAACAAUGAGAUCAUCUUUAAAAAUGGGGAUGAUCUACGUCAGGAUAUGCUCACACUUCAAAUAAUUCGAAUUAUGGAAAACAUUUGGCAAAAUCAAGGCCUUGAUCUUAGGAUGUUGCCUUAUGGUUGUUUAUCUAUUGGUGACUGUGUGGGACUCAUUGAGGUAGUAAGAAAUUCACAUACAAUCAUGCAGAUCCAAUGCAAAGGUGGUCUUAAAGGUGCACUGCAGUUCAACAGUCAUACAUUACAUCAGUGGCUCAAAGAUAAGAACAAGGGGGAAAUGUAUGAUCCUGCUAUUGAUUUGUUUACACGCUCUUGUGCUGGCUAUUGUGUAGCUACUUUCAUAUUGGGAAUUGGAGAUCGCCACAAUAGCAAUAUUAUGGUGAAAGAUGAUGGGCAGCUGUUUCAUAUCGAUUUUGGACACUUCUUGGAUCACAAAAAGAAGAAGUUUGGCUACAAACGAGAGCGUGUGCCAUUUGUCUUAACACAAGAUUUCUUGAUAGUGAUUAGUAAAGGAGCCCAAGAAUGUACUAAAACAAGGGAAUUUGAGAGAUUUCAAGAAAUGUGCUACAAGGCAUAUCUAGCAAUUCGGCAGCACGCCAAUCUUUUCAUAAACCUCUUCUCCAUGAUGCUUGGAUCGGGGAUGCCAGAACUGCAGUCUUUUGAUGACAUUGCAUAUAUUCGCAAAACUCUUGCUUUAGACAAAACUGAACAGGAAGCACUUGAGUAUUUCAUGAAACAGAUGAAUGAUGCUCAUCAUGGCGGAUGGACAACAAAAAUGGACUGGAUCUUCCACACAAUCAAACAACAUGCCUUGAACUGAGACUAAAUGAAAGACCAUUUCUAACAGCCCAUUUUGUGGAUGUUCCACUGCACUUCUGACAUUUUGGCAGUAAGGAAUUCACUGUGCAUGAAUUGCACCAACCAAGAACAUCAUUUGAACUUUCAAGAGAGUAAAAAUUCAAAGUUAUAAACCAGGUUUUGAAACACUAAAAAUUGCGCAUUUCAAAGUUUAACUUUCUUAUGUGUACAGUCAUUUUAUGCCUUAAGUCCAGAAACUUUGAAGAAUUGUUUAUCUUAGUUUGUUUAAUUAGAGAAUCUGUGCCAGCAUUAAAUCCAGUCUUUCACAUGGUCCACUUAGCCCGGUGAAAAUGGAAUGAAUGUCAGUGCGAACAAUUGAAAAAAAAAAGGAAAGUUCAACAAUAUAGUCUGUUGCUCUAGACAGAAUGAAUUUUCAUCUCCCACAAACUCUGCUCAGUAAAAUAUAGGAGAUGGUGCCUUUAUAAUAUCAGAUAUAAUUGGUGGAUUUAAGAGUAGCAGUCUUAGUUUUUGACUGGCCAUUUAGUUUUGACUGACUAUCUAGUCCUUAGGAAUAGAUCUUAAGAUUCUGCUGGACAGUAUUAGUAGAGUUUUAAUAGUACCUCCCCUCCAGCUCAAAUGUCUGGCUAAUGGGGAGGAUUGGGUUUAGUGCAACACCUUACAUUUUAUUUUUUCUAACCUAAACCUCAGAACAUUUUUCAUGCAUGCUUUCCAGAGCCUAAAAUAAAGAGGUGAGUUGUUAGAAUUAAAGAUUAUUUUUAUAAGGUUAUUUAUAUAACAGAAACUAUUAAUAUAUAAUAUUUCUUUACAUUGAUUUGUCAAUUUUAAUUCUGCAGACCACUUUUCUGUCUAACAACCUGAUUGCAUAAGCCACUAAAUUGUUGUUGUAGUGACCUGUAGGGUCAGGUGUUUAAGUCCCUGUGCUGGCCCAGGGGGUGAUGUCCAUGUGUGUUGAGGCGUGACUCUAAAGCCAUUAUAGAAACAGCUGCCCCACGGACCCUGCAUUGAGUAUUUUCCCUACAUCAUGGGAUUUCCUAAAUUCUGGCAGAUGCUGAUUUAGGGGCUUUCAAAUGGUAUUGGACAGAGCAACAUAGGUGUGUCCCACUUCACAUGUUUAGGGUGCUGCCUGGUGAAAGUAGGACAAAUAUCUGCUCCUGCAAUGGCUCACUGAGAGCCAGCUACUGCCAGUUGUCCUCAUUCACUUGCCUAGUAGGGUGUUCUAUUGAAUUCAGUGAGACUUGCUUCCAAAUAAACUUGUUUUACAAUCAGUUUAUCCAGCUCUGUUGAUUAAAACAGCUUUCCCCAACCUUGAACCCGUAAGAAGUAUUCAGCUACAAUCCGCACAACUAAUGCUUGGAGAAGUUUAGUUUAUAAUCAAGGUUCUCAAACUCUGAUAGUGAUUUUAAAUUAAGCCUCAAACAUUUGCUGAAGUUCAGAUUGUAAAAGAAAGCAAAAUGGAUUUGACAGCUGAUCACUGGAAAUCAAAGCAAAUCAAAAAUUCCAGACUUGUAUGAUGUACCAAGGAAGAACAUGUGGGUGGUAUUGCCAUCUUGCGAAAAGCAAAAAACUCUUUGAUUGGCUUUCAGUUCUGUUGAUUAACACAUGCAUAAGAGAGACUUACAUAGAUUGUGAAGUUAAAAGGUGAGAAGCAGAACCUUUAUUUUCUGACCUAGUCUUGGCACAAACUAAAGCAGCUUGUCGGAAGAGCUUUACUUCUACUGACAGUUGCUUGUAUAAGAAAAGCUGGCUGUGGAAAAUCAAGCAAGAAGAUAAAUUGUUAACUAGUACUUCCAUUGUUUUGGUAAUGUGAGACCCUUUAGAUCUUUGUCCAAACAGGCAACAUUUUUUAAAAUUAUAUAGUGCAUUAUCUUGUUAAUUCCUAACUUUGCAGCCCACCUCUGUCUCAGUCCUUUUCCUUGGAACAGUUAGAAAGUGACAUCUUAAUCACAAUUUUUGACAAAUAAUUUUUCACCAUGAUCAUUAAAUAGUCCUUGUACUGCAAAAUACAUGGUAAUCUCUAGCAUGCAGAGCUUACCAGCCAAUGUUUUAUAAUUGGGGUGGGGUGUGUGUGCGUGUGUGCGUGUACAUAUAUAUAUGUAUAUCUCUGUAUAACAAUCUGAAACUGAUAAAGCUGGUAAAAACUAGCAGAACUGCUAGUACAAUUUGUUCCACAAAAAACCCCACACAAUUAUAGCACCAAAUAUUUUGGACCCUGGAUGCACAAGGUGCCAUUCCUUCCACUUUGAUGUUGUUGUCUCACUUGAGUCAUAGAAUUUGAAAAUGUUUUUAGAGAUUUGGAUAAUUGAAUGCACUUGCUUUUUCUUCUAUCCUCAAAUCUAGGUAUUACUCAGAGUGCAAUACCAAUUGGAAUAUAAUGUGCUGAUGUUGGAUAUUAGAAUAUAAACAUUGCAAAUAAAUUUGUAUAGACUGUAAGUGGCUGAAAGGUUAUUUUUUUUUUGAGCAAGUUAAAUUUUUGAGUGUGCAGUCCAUUGUUGCGAGUUUGAAUUUCUUGUCAUACAGAAUUGACUGCUCUAGCAAUAUGACUGAAACAUAGCCAGCUAUGGUGAGAAGACACUGAUAUAGGUGCAGAUAAUGCCAUGAUGGUUUGUAGAUGCUCGAGUCCAGAGUGGGUAAAAAUCAUAAAGAGGAUUGUCAAUAUUGACCACUAUCUUGAAGUUUACACAUAUAUGUGUCCAGAAAAUAAAAGACAAGCUCAUAUCUUAUUAGGCUUUUAUUUUAGAAAAAAAAACACUGUGUCAUAUGGAAAACUGUGUUUGAACCUGAGUAUUUCAAAAGCCAUUUGUAAUAAGGCAUGUUAGAGUUGUGAUGAAUGGUGUAUUGAUCUGAUGUUACAAUUGGGAUGUCUACAUUUGCUUUCUGGACUCCAGCCAGAAACCUUAAAUAUUGUAAUUUUCUGCUGAUAUUUUUUUGAAGUCCUCAUAUGCAUAGUUGAAUGAUGUUAAGCUGAAAAAUAUGCAGUGUAUGCUGAAGACUAAAAACCACUGCAAAAUAACAAUUCAGUUCUUAGAUCUGGGUUGCUAUCAAACACAGGUUCUUAAAAAGCAUGCAGCAUACAUAUUAGGAAAGGUAUACAUCUUUGAGGAAUGUUCUAAUUGUGCAUUCCUACAUUCCUGCAUUCCUACAUUCCUAAAUGGCAGCAAAUUGGAGAAGAUAACCCUUGUAGUCCCAUAACAAAUUGAAGCUGCUCCUGCUAAAACCUGAUGUUUCAUUGGCACUUCUCUAGUUAUUCUCAGGUACCAUGGAUAGGUAUAAUGGUUCAGAAGUUGAAGAUCAUCAUUGUUAUAACUAUAAAGUCAAAGUGGGUUUUCCUUUACAUUUCAUGUCCAAAAUUCAUUUCUUUGUCCCCAUUAUUUCAAUGAGUCUACUCAAGAUGACACAAUAUUUCAGUCAGGAGCUGCGCUGCAGAGAUAGUUCAAGAAUUGCAUAUUUAUUCCCUAACAAUAGUCUUUGCUGUACCUUGAUUCUUUAGACUUUUUUCCUGACAUGGUAUUUGCUAUCAAAGUGUUAACAGUCACUUGCUACCAGGUCUUCUCACCAUGCAAACCACUUUGGUCUCACUUUUUCUGACUUGGCAGGUGAACUUAGUUGGUAUCUUUCAAGUGUCUGAAUUUGGUCCAGGAGCCUCACUUUGAUGAUAAAUCUUUUGUCACUCUUCUUGAUAAAAUUUGAAUAUAGUAUAUUACAUUUGUGCUCUGAAUAUGAAUGGUGGUAAAGUAAAUUUAAAGCAUUUUAGCAACAUGAAAUCCAUUGGGUUUGGGAUUACCUGAAAAGGAGAAAAACCCCUGUGUACUUUAUAGUAAUGAAUAAAACGUAGAUAGAUAUAUUGUGACGGGAUUGCCCAUUCAAUUUGUAUUUCGUUACUUUCAUGUAAAUCUGUUUUUACGAGUAUUCAGUAAAUGUUUGCUAAUAUUCUUUCAUCUUA